AUGUCUAAAGAUUUGUAUCUUUGUCAAUGUCCACCAAUAGAAUUUUCUAAAGAUGUUCCUCAUGAAGUUUUUAAAAGUAAUGGAUUUCCUAAAAAUUAUUGCAAUAAUCAACAUUGUAUUUAUGAAAUAGAGGGUAAAGAAAAUUCUGUUAUUAUUGUUAAUAUAGAACAUUUUGAUAUUGAACCAACACAUGAUUAUGUUGAAAUUUAUCAUACACAAAUGUAUAAUGGAGAACAUAUUAAAGUAAAAGGGCAAGUCUUAACAGGUAGUGGUCAUGCAGCUAAACAAGUAAAAUCUUCUAUUGGAGGUGGUCUUAUAUUUAUUUUUAAUACUGAUAAUUCAGAAAAUGAUUAUGCUGGAUUUAGAAUGAGUUUUACAAGAUUAGAUCAAACAAAAAUGGCUAAUGAUGGUUGUAAUUUACCAUUUGUUUUUGUAAAUAAUACUGAAGAACGUUCUAUAUCAUUACCACGAUCAAAAUAUACAAUGGAAACUGUUUGUGUAUAUCAAUUUAACUCAACAAAUUAUAUUGAAUUAAAUAUCAAAAAAUUAUCACAAGGAAUGGAUAUAAAAGUAUAUGAAACAGAAAAUUUUGAUUCAAAAAAUCCGGAUCGUUCAAAAUUAUUUGCUUAUAGUUUUUUUACACUAUCAAUUAAUAAUACUAACAAAAUAAUUCAAAGUAGAACAAAUUCAUUAACAUUAAUACUUAAUAUUGUUGGUAAAAUAAAUAAUAUAACAACAUCAGAUUUAUUAAUAACAUACAAAGAAAUAGAAAAUCCAUGUAGAUGUCCAAGUGAAGAAAUAAUAAUGAAUAAAGGAGAACAAAUUUCAUAUGUUUCACCAGGAUUUCCAGGAAAUUAUUGUGAUAAUUUAAAUUGUACUACAAAAAUUAAACUUAGUAAUGAUAAUAGAAAUGAUAAUAAUUAUCAGGUAAUAUUUAAUAAACUUGAUAUGGAAAAAGAGAUGGAUUACAUAUCAUUUGGAAUAGGUGAUGUAUCAUUAAUAAAAUUUAGUGAUGCAAAUAAAGGUAAUUCAUUAACAAAAUUUACUUAUAAAAGAGAAAAUCCAAUUAUUAAAACAAUAACUGAUCAUAGUAUAACAAUGGAAGGAUAUAAUCUUACAAUUGUAGCAUUAAAUGAAAGUGAUACUUGUGAAUGUUAUAAUAGAAAACAAUUAGAAACUAUUAAUAGUAUUAUUGGAGAUAUUACAAUGGUUAUAGAUAAAAAUUGUAAAUAUAUAGAUUGUUUUUUAAAUAUAACACAAGAUGAGUUUAAAGAAAGACAUAAAGUUAAUAUUGCUAUAUCAUCUAAUAUAGGUGAAAGUGAUUUUAUAGAAAUAACUUCUGGUGAUAAUAAUGCUCAUAAUAUUGAUAGUUAUCGUUUAACUGGUUUAACAUAUUCUUAUAAAACAACAAAUGAAUAUUUUUUUGAGAAUGCUCAAAAUAUAUUAAUUUGGUUUCAUAGAGAUAAACCUAAUUUUGAUACAAAAGUUACAAUAAAUAUUCAAUACAAUUUUAAUGUUUUAUGUGCUUGUCCAUCUUAUAAAUUAACAGCUAUUGAAGGAGUCUGGAAUACAUUAACAUCACCUGAUUAUCCUCAACAUUAUUGCAAUGAUUUAACAUGUCGACAUUUAAUAGAAGCACCAAUAGGAUAUCGUGUUAUUGUUAAUGUUACUAAUGUUUCAACAGAAAUGAAUCAUGAUAAAUUAGUUUUAUUUGAUGGUGAUAAUAUUAAUACAACACAUAUUGAAUUACUUACUGGUCUAGUAACAAUGAAUGAUUUUAUUAGAAGUAAAAGUUCACAAAUGACAAUAUUUUUUGAGUCUGAUACAUCAAUAACUGGUAAAGGAUACUCACUUUUAUAUAGUGCUGAAAUGAUUUCUGAUAAAAAUAGUCUUCAUUCAAAUAUAUUUAGUAGAAAUUUUUUUAUAUUUUUAUUAUUUAUAAUUAUUAUUGGAUGUUUUGGUUACAUAUACUAUAAAAAAAAAAAUUUUACAUAUUUAACACCCGUCACUUAUCAAAAUUUUAGUAGACCUGAUGAAAUACUAAGAUUCAGAAACAUCAAUCAUUCUGAAACAAGGACAAAUUUGAUUUAA